CUGUAUACGCCGGCCAGUCGUUAACCACUACGCGUGCUAUCUGGUUUGUUUUUCGUUAAAUCUGUUUACGCUCUAAUCGAUUUUUGAACUUUUUCAUUUUGGUGUGUGUAAAUUAUUUUUUUUAAAUUUAUGAUUGUUAAUUAAUUAAUUUAAAGUGAUAAUGCAGAUUUGUUGAUUGUUAUUCGUCAACAUCUUGUCGCAGUGUGUGUGCAUCGUUAUGACUGUUGUGUGACAUUGAGGGAAAAUAAAAAACUGAAGAGCUAAGUUAGUCUGUUUUUCAGAUACUGAGCCAUGGUGCGUAGAACGACAUUCAUCGCCACGUUUCUGGUCGCCAUAAUCACUGUGGUGCUAUGCACAGAAACACUGUCCAAGGAAAUGUCUUCUGACGAUAAUGUCCAACAGCUGAUGAACAUCGUUGACGAGACUCUGAAGCCGGCCGACAACUUAGAGAUUGUCACUGGAGUUCAUCUAAAGCAUGUGGACGUUACUGAGGCAAAUGGCCGCCAAAGUCGAGCUUUAGAUAGAAAAUCAGAUCCAGAACAAUAUUUAAUUGACAGCCUGAUCGAAUUUGUCAGCUCACAUGUACUAAAUGUUAAUUUCACAGAAUUAUUUAAAAGCACUGGUCGAAUGUUUAUUAGCUUACCUAAAAUUAAUCUGGGAAAAAAUUCGUUCCUAACUGGUUUUGGAUUAGGAUUUUUGGCAUUCGGCUUGAAAAAACUACUGUUGCCCGUUUUCAUUGGUGCGCAAAUCCUCAAAUCUGUACUGAUUGCCGCGUUCUUACCUACUAUUUUGGGUGGUGCUGGAAAAAUCCUCUCAAAAGGAGUAACUAAUUUUGUAUCAAGUUCUGCUAAUUUUGGCCAUGGAGCAUCAGCAGGUGGCGAUGGUUUAAACGAUUUUGAGUUCAAAGAUACAGCACAAUAUAACAAUGGUUUACAGACGGGAUACGAUGCUGCUGCAGCUGCAGACACCUCAGGAUCAGAAACUGAUUACCAAGGAGGUGUUUGGACAUACCCACCUGACAACACAGCCCAGUUGAAUACUAUUGGUUCAUCAUACCACAAUAGAUAUACAAAUAAGUAUGGUGGUGGAUCGAUAUCCAAUACUAAAUUACAAGCAGGAAAUUAUUAUACUAAGGAUAAGACUGAAGAUUUUAAAGUGUUCCAUAAUAUUCCAGCUAGCUCUCAUCUGUUGGCAAACUAUGAUCCAUUUUAUAGUCCUUUGCUCUCACGGAUUGACACCGUAUUUAAACAAUUGGGAUAUACUACCGAACCGUGUCGAGAACGACUAGUGUGUCAGAUGUAUAAAAGUCCAGCUAAGUUUGCUCCAUACAGUAACUUGAUAUCGGCACAAUUAAGCAGAGAGUUGAACGAACUUCGUAAGCCUUCCACAGAAAAUCCAGAAAUACUUAGAUUUUUCAAAUAUAUGAAGGCUGCCAAAGAUGGGCAAGAUGGGCAAAACUGUGAAUUAGUUUUCUCUGGUUGUGCUACACAAAGGUCUCCAGACGAUUCUGUGCCAAUGAUGACUACUUACAAUGAAAUAAACAAAUUGGUUCAGGCCAGACAUGCUAAACAAACAAUGCUAGAGCAUUCAACUAAUUCUGCAGAAAUUUCAUCUACUCUCGGCACAAGAUAAAUGCAAGAGAUGUCAUUUUAGAAUCAAGAUUCAUGUAUGAGAUAACCAAAUAUAAAUGAAUGAAAAACCUCGUCAAGCUCAAAAUAACAUGUAGUUACUAGUUAUUAAAUAGUAUAAUAUAAAUUAUAAGCAUAAUAUAAUGCUAUCAAAUGUAUGUUAUGUUAACAUUAAAUUGUAUCAAUAUUGUUUUGAGUAUAAUUUAUUUAUUUUGAAAGCCAUUUAAAUUUACUCACAUUGAUAUGAAUAAUUAUUUGUAUUUUUCUUUAAACGUUAUUUAUUUAAUAUUUUAUGACGUAUUUUUGUAUAGUGAAUUCAAUCUUAGUGAUUUAGAAUUUUGAAGUCAGCUAAAUUAAACAUUUUUUGUAAGUUAAUUUAGAAUACAAAUUUUUUUCGAAAAAGUGUCCAUAUUUUUUUUUUUUUUUUU